AUGUCCGAGGACGAGCUCACCGAGGCCGAGCUCGGGUCUCAAUUCGAGCCGUCGUCGCCCAGCCUCAAUGUCCGCUCUCCCACACCGCCGCCUUAUUCGGGCCCGUCAACCAGCACCCCACAUGAGCCACGGCCACAACACAAGGGCCCGCAGCGGUACCCGGGGCUUCCGCUGCUCGACUAUCGGCUUUACAGCCCGCCUCUCUUCAUCCCCUCGGGCGACCACACGACCAUCCGGUCAACGGCGCCGUAUCUGUCGAGCAACGCCUCGGCGCUGGCGGCGCUGGUGAGGUCGCAGUCCACGGUGCCGCCCAAGCCGCAGAUCCACAUUGUGGGCAAGCGGGGCAGCAAGCUCGACUUCGACAUCAAGCUGAACCUCAUGAACCUACUAGUACCCGAAGACAUGCGCCAGCGCAUGGACUACAUCCGGUGCGUUGCCGACGGCGAGCUGGCCAUGCGGGGCGGCGUCAAGCCGAGCCUCGAGCCCGAGGUCGGCGACGGCGGGCUCGACGAGUGGUGCCGACGCUUCGUCGAGGACUCGGGCUCCGUCAAGACGUUUACGCUAGAGCGCGUCGUGGCCAACAUGGACAUCAACUGGCUCGAGGGACAGAUCCGGAGCAUGGUUGCGUCGACGGGCUACAAGGGCCUCGUCACGAUAACCUUUCCCGUCUCUCACGCGAAGGUGGUGGUGCAGAACCCGGACAAGGUGAACAAGUUCUUCACCAGCGUCGCGACGCUCUUCGCGGGUAAGAAGAAGUACGAGGUGGCCAAGGCCGUAUGGCCGUUUGCGACGCACAAAAACGGCGAGCCUGGCCGGCGCUGCAUUGUCCAGAGCGAGGAGACGUGGUGGAGGGAGUGGAAAGAUCCCAUUAGAUACGCCAUCGCAACAAAACGGGAAGGCUGGGUGACCAACGAAGACAAGCUCGAGGCCAUCAUGGAGGGCACGGGGAAGGCGCCGACGAUGGACUGGGGGCCCGAGUACUGA